AUGAGCCUGGAAGAAAGCUCGAAACUUAAGCCUGCCCAUCGGUUCACGGUCCAAGAGGACAUUGACCUCCUCAAGGAGGUCAUUCUGGUUCGUCCUCACGACGCGCCCUACGGUCAAACUGCUGGUAGAUGGGAGGAAGUCGGUGACCACAUGCGCGCAAUCCACGGCAUGACCACCACGACCGUUGACUGUCGUAAACGACACGAUGACCUGAUGGUUGCGUUCAAGCAAGACACUAUCAAAUCACUGCGAGCUUCUGGCACGGAGAAGCAGAACAGUGAGCAAGAACAGCUCUUGCAGGACCUCCUCGGCAUGACAAAUGCAGAAACGGACCGAAAGAGAGCACUCAUGGAGGAGGAGGAGGCGAUAGGUGAUAAACGAGUGGCCGACGAGCAUGCUGUGCGGGAAGCGACAAUGCGGACACUCAAGCGCAAGGCUGAACAUUUGAGAGCACAGAGCGACGAUCAUUCAACCAUGGAUUUCGACAACAAGGCGUUGCGCGGACCCUCCAUGUUCAAGGAUGCCUCGUAUGCAGUUGAGUUCGCUACAUCUCUGAAGAAGUCAACUGCGUUGAAGAUGGACGAAAUUUCGGCGCAGCGUGAGCCGAACGCGUUGAUGGCAAAGAAGCUAGAGCUCGAAGAGCGUCGAUACGAGUUGGACAAAGCCGAGUGUGAAGCUCGUUUUGCCCUGGAGCAACGGGGGCGUCUAGCUCAGUUGGAAUUUAUGCAAGCAACUCUGGAAGUGAUGCGUGCCAUGGCCAAGAGGUAA